CAUUCCGCCCCACCCCUCGCAAACCAUCAUCACUGUCAGCUACCUAAAACAGGAAACGCCGACACGCGGCGUUGUUUUAUUUUCCUCCUUGUAUUUUACUUCACAUCUUGACCAGAGUCACGCCGAGGGGAAAAAAAGGUGUAGAGUUCAAUGUUGACGACCACUGACAGGACUGACGGCGAGGUUCAGCUGUGGAUGCUGUUGACGGUGUAACCGGAGAGAAGGCCUUCUGUCAGCAGCAUGGGGCAGCGCCUUGGAAAGAGAGAAUCACCAACAGAGAACAAGGCCUCUUCACCUGAGACCAAAGAUGAGGAAGAACCAUCAGCACCAACCACAUCAGCAGAAGAGCCUGAAACACAAGAUGAAGUCUUCGGAACGGGUGAGAGAGAUGCAAACAAGAACAAUGGAUGCAUCUCGGAGAAGCCGGCGGUGACUGACUCCACAGGCGCUGAGGGCCCCCGCUCGGCCUGGACCUCGGCCAGCACAGCUGACCCUGAUGUUGCCAUACCGCGCCCCCACCUAGCCCGCCUCUUCUCCCGAGAUGCCCCGGGCCGAGAGGACAACACCUUCAAAGAGCGACCCUCUGAAUCGGACGAGCUGCAGACUAUCCAGGAGCACAGCGGAGCGGCUUCAGAGUGCGGGUCGGAGAGCCCCGAACAGGACCUAGAUUAGCCUAGCCUUUCUUCCCUGCCGCUUCCAUCUCAUCCUCUGCCGUAAGAGAGACGUAUCCCUCAGUUUUGACAACUUCACCACUAAUUACGACUCUCACAAGCAUGGCAUCAGCGAGCAGCUCCGCACAGGCCGCCUUCGGGUUGGGCCGCAGGAAGAAGAACCCCGGUGUUCUGGAUCAGAUUGGAAAAUUCUUUGGAGUGGACAAAAAGAAGAA